AUGGAAGUUGAGUCUUUCCGCAUCCAAUUCCGCAAGGCACUAGUUGCUGUGAUCUAUGACUCAUACCAGUACGUGCCAGAGGGCUGCAGCCUGCGCAAGAUUCUCCCACGCACACUGGCAUACCUUUCAGAAGACAAGACAGGGAGGGAUGCUGAUCAUGGCUAUUCCCAGGUGGAAGAAUGGCUAUCGCAAAGCGGUGUGGCAGGGGAUGUCAGUGCAAACAACCAAGCUGGUCAAGAUCAGGAAACGUGGCAAAGAAUUUUGCUCGAUAUACUGGAUGCGAGGGAGCUAUCGUAUUCGGAGCUCAACAGGAAGCGGAAGCAGCUUACUUUUUCUGCCUUCCGUGAUUCAUCACUCAUUUCCAAGAGUGUUGCCCUGGAAACUCUUGUGGCACCCAACGUGCGCUGCCAGCACCGUUUGUUUCAGCGGACUGAAAUCAUUGCAGAACUCCUGAACUCACGAAGAAGUGCCCUGGCCCUGUCUGUUACAGAUCAGAUUAGCUCCAAUUUUAACUUUGACUCUGACUGUCAAUU